GCCGUCCGUCGUCGUCGGUCGGGUUGCUCGCACGAAGUGUUUGGUUGAUGAGGGGACGCCGCUGACGCCGCUGUGAUGCCUUUAUUUCUGUGCUUGGGUUCUUGUUAGCACUUUUUUGAUGUGGCGGGUGAGAUGGUCAACAGACAAAUCUUUGAUGAGCCUCACCUGGUGCAAGCAGUGUUCAAGGGCGACGUGGACGAGGUCGAGGAGCUGCUGUCGAAUGGAUCGCCCGAGGAGGUCAACUACCAGGACGCAGAGCGGCGCAGCGUGCUCCACGCGGCCGCCUUCUGCGGCUUCCACCAGGUGGCGGCGCUACUCAUCUCCCGGGGGGCGAGGGUCAACGCCAAGGACAACAAGUGGGUCACUCCGCUGCACCGGGCCUGCUCCGUCGGCUACGAGGAUGACGGUAUUCACCAGUUGAGACCAGAGACUGUUGAUGUAAAGAAAACAGUCGAGGUGCUCCUACGGCACGAGGCAGACGUGAAUGCCCGGGACAAGUUCUGGCAGACUCCACUGCAUGUAGCGGCGGCCAACAAUGCCGUCUCAUGCGCCGAGCUCAUAAUUCCGCUCCAGAACAACGUGAACAUCUCCGACCGGGCCGGCAGGACCAGCCUGCACCACGCCGCCUGCAAUGGGCACACCUCGAUGGUGGAGCUGCUUCUGCAGAACAAAGCUACAUGCAACUUUUUUGACAAGCGGGAUCGGAGGGCCAUCCACUGGGCGGCCUACAUGGGUCACACAGAGGUCAUUGCCCUCCUGGUCAGCCAUGGGGCAGAGGUCAACGUCCGUGACAAGGAUCUGUACACCCCGUUGCAUGCUGCGGCGGCCAACGGGCGUCUGAGCGCCCUGCGGCAGCUGCUGAGCCUCGGGGCAGAGGUGGACGCUCCCAACGCGUCUGGCAACACUCCGCUGCACGUGGCCUGCCUCAACGGCAAGGAGGACAUCGCCGACGAACUUCUCGUCGCCGGUGCCCACAGCUCUGCGCUCAACUGCCGCGGGCAGACGCCGCUGCACUACGCGGCGGUCUCGACCCACGGGGCAGGCUGCCUGGAGGUGCUGAUCCGCAAGGGUGCAGGAGUGAACCAGCAGAGCGACGACGGCCGCAGCCCGCUGCACAUGACGGCCAUCCACGGCCGCUUCACCCGCGCCCAGACCCUGCUCGAGCACGGGGCCCGGGUGGACGCCACGGACCACGCGGGAUGCACCGCCCUGCAUGUGGCAGCGCGCCACGGCCACGACCUGCUCGUCGGCUCUCUCCUCCUGGUGGGAGCCUCCUGCGACCUCCACAGCUCCUCGGGCAUGACUCCUCUGCACAUGGCCGCCCUGGGCGGCUUCACGGAGUGCUGUCGCAAACUGAUUCAGUCGGGUGCCAAGCUCACCUCGAGGGACAACAAGGGACGCACGGCCGUGCACUACGCCGCCUUUGGAGGUAACCCGGAGACGCUGGAGCUGCUCAUCGACAGUGGUGCGGACUACACAAGCUGCGACAGCUAUGGAAGGCUGCCCCUGCACUACAGCGUGGGUGGCCCCCAGCAGGGCUGCCUGUCGCGUCUGCUCUACCUGGGAGGCGCGGAGGUGGACCGGGCGGACUCCGAGGGCCUGACGGCGCUGCAGCUGGCAGCCUCCUCCCAGGACCCCGAGGGGCGGUCCCUGGCAGCCCUGCUCUCCCAGGGGGCCACCCCGUGCCUCAGGGACCACAGGGGCUUCGGGCCACUGCACUGCCUGGCCGCGGCGGGGCACCCCAUGUCCCUGGGGGCGGUAUUAUCUGUGAUGAGAGCCGAAGAGGUUAGGAGAGCGAAGUCAAGCUGCGGCGUGACGCCCCUUCAUCUGGCGGCCUUGGGCGGUCACUGGAGCUGCCUGGAGGCCCUCCUGUCCAAGGGCUGCCUGGAGGUGGACGCCACGGAAGAGCACGGCUGGAGCCCCCUGGCCCUGAGUGCCCUGAGGGGUCACUCGCAGUGCCUGCGCCUGCUGCUGCAGCACGGGGCCCGCACGCUGGCCCGGAACCCCCGCACGGGGUCCACCGCCCUCCAUGUUGCAGCGGCCCUCGGCCAGAAAGAGUGCCUUGAGAUCCUCAUCAGCAGUGCCAACGAAACCAGUGCAGUCGAUGUGGCGGACAACUCUAGCAAGACACCCCUGAUGCUUGCCGUGCUGAAGGGCCACGUCAACUGUGUGGAGCUGUUGCUGAAGAGCGGUGCUUCGGUGGACCUCGCGGAUGAGUCCAAACGGACAGCGCUGUUCUGCGCGGCGUUCAGCGGGAACGAGCGCUGCGCACACUUGCUGCUGAAAGCGGGGGCCGACAUCCUGGCGCGAGACGUGUUGGGAAAGACCCCACUGCACAUUGCCGCGGCGGUUGGGAAUGCGGUUGUCCUGGCGUCUCUGCUGAAGCAGUGCAGCGACGGCGACGGCUGCGACGCCCUCUUUGAUGCCCAAGGCUUCACACCCCUCCACUGGGCUUGCCAGGGCGGCCACGACUCUUGUGUGAACCGCCUCCUCAAACAUUCUCGAACAAACAAGUUUUAUGGGAACUCCUUCAGCCCCCUCCAUUGUGCAGCAUUCCAAGGAAGCGAGUCUUGUAUAGAAUUGUUGCUCAACUAUUACGGAAAACAAAUUAUAAGUCUGAAGGACAAGAGGCAGAGGUCUGCCCUCCAUGCGGCAGCAUACGACGACAGCGUGUUGUGCCUACAGAUGUUGCUGAAGGAAGGUGCGGAUGCCAAUGCGGCAGAUUACAGGAGCCAGACACCCCUCAUGAUGGCGUCCAGGCGUGGGAGCUGCAAGACUAUUGAGGCCUUACUGGAGCACAAGGUGGAUUUCCUUGUGCAGGAUCAAAAUGGCAACACUGCUCUUCACCAUGCUUGUUUAGAGAAACAAGAGGCUGCAGUAGCUACAAUCCUGGAGAAGGCAGAUUUCGUGAAGCUCAUCAACAUGAUCAAUGUUCAUAUGAAGACUGCACUCCAUGUGGCUGCGAGCAAUGGCCUGAUUGACGCCACCCAAGCCCUCUUACUGAAGGGAGCUGAUGUGCUGGCCCUGGACAUGAACGGGCACACCCCUGCCCUGUCUUGUGCCAGGAGCAAUGAAGUAGCGGAGUGCCUUGCUCUCAUCCUGGCUGUGAUGCCGCCAUCAAGUCCCUUCCGCAUGGACGGCUUCUCACGUACGAGCGGCCUGUACCAGCAAGGGGGCGGCCGCCUCUCAGAGCUGCUUGGGGGCGACCAGUCGCAGCAGCUGAGGGCCUCCUCCCUGGAUGGGCGGGAGUGCUCGGAGCCGUACCAGAGCUCCGACUCGGAGUACUACUGACGGUUGCUGCUGCCCGCGCUGAUUCUGCUGGGAGGCUACGGUACUGGCAAGGAGUCUUCGGAGGCUCUGGCCUAGUGCCCACACCACGAGCAGCAGCUAUCGCCCGGGCGGCAAACGUACGGACUGCGAUGGAUAAUUUGGACAAUUCAGCCCGACGACGACGACGCGGUUUUUGGGGAAGUUUUGCACACCCUUGCCAACGAGGGAAAUGCGUGCAUGCACUCGCGGCCCAUUGCGCGGGAACGAGUUUGGCGCACGGGAAGGGGCUCGGUACGUGAGAACAAGUCUCGUUAGUUUUGACUGGGCGGCGCACGAAUUUGUUCUUGGACGGUCGACGGCGAAAGGUCCAAGGACUCGUUCUUUCUUUGUUUUUGUUUUCUCGCCCAGGUAGAAAGAACUGGCCGCUCGCGGCCAAAGUUUCAAAGUGUCAAAAGCGACUUGUGGUGUCGACGUCGCCAUGUUCGUACAACUUCGUGAUACCAAAAAAAAAAAAAAAAUGAAAUGUUUGUUCUUUAGGACAUUCUCAGACACAUUGCACUUUUUUUUUUUUUUCUUCCUCAUCAUUUGUUUUUUUGUUUGCUGGCUCUGGUGGGUGUAACUUCCUGGGGGUUUUUCCAUUGAUUUUCUCAGGUUAAGACGCAUUGACGCCGGCUCGGCAUGUCGUCGAGCAGGUGUUAUAGGCUCGCGCCUUGCGUGGAGGCGGUUCUUUCUCCUGGGAAGUGCAGCUGUUUCAACUUGACGUACCGGCCCCGGCACCCUUUCAUAUGCAACACCGGUUCGGUCGUUUCGGUUUGCUCUCCUCUAACACGACGCCGUUGUCGCGUAAGACGAUGCAGGGUUUCUUCAGGCUCAAAUCGUUGUUCCGUUUCUCGGCGCGCUUGGAAGGCGUCGGGACGAAGGCCCAUCUCAAAGUGGAAACAACUUCAGUUGUGUUUCUCGGGGAGGGGGGGGGGGGGGGGGGGGGGGUCGAAAGAUGUGCACGUGUCUUAGGGUCCUGCCGGGAGAGGAGUGAGGAGAGGUACAGCGGCUAGAAAAGUCCGUUUUGCACCCAAUCUUCUAAGCUGGAUUGUCUUACCUAGUCUCGGUCGAUGUAUCUCUUCCACAGCGAAGGAAUGAAAGGCGAAACCGGCUCUUUCUCGGCCUUUUAGUGGCUCUCGCGGCCGACUGAGGCAAAACCCCUCCUUUCUCACACUCCGGUUGCCAGCGGAAGCGACUUGGCGGCAAAGUGCGCGACGCCGGGUUUGUUCCGCGAGCAGCAACUACCGUACGUGUCGGCAACGACAGGUUUACGCAGCGUGCGAGGGGCCUUCCCCAUGGGGCCGGGAUACCCCCACACUACAAUAGUAUUAACAGUCUAGUUUUGCGUACCAAAGCCUCAUACUAUAUGCUGACGAGUUGCACCAGGAUACCUACUAUAUAUGCCAGAUAUUGCCUGUUGCAACGACAGCCAUAUUUUUUUCCCUGCCCCUCUUUCCCCGUUUUUUGUUAAUAUCGCUUCCUGUGAUAUGCGUGGUCUGUUGUCGAUAGUUUCCUAUUGGUUUAGACAGUCUUCUUUUAUUUUCGUCUUUUUUUUUUUUCUCUAAGUUGCGCAUAAUUUAGACUCCGGGGAAAGGGAGAAAGAGGGCAAAAACGGAAACGCCCAGUCGGCACGACGAGAUUCUGGGGUGUUUUUUUUCAUAGCGCUCCCCAAUUGUAGGUGUUGGUGAACAAGGGUCUGCUUAAAGUAACGUGCUCUCAUGCCUUACUACCAUUCUGAAUUCUCGGAGGAUCAAAAACUCAAUACGAUUUUACACCGCAUCGCUUUUCGCGCUAGAGUUUGAUCUACCGACAUGCUCGGCGAUUUGCACGUAAAGAGUGGUACCGCUUAUGUUGUGCUUAUCCGAACAGUAUUAAGCCGCUUUAAUUUUCUUUUGUGUUUGACCUUCAUUGUUUUCAAGGCAGUUGUUUGUGCUUUGCCAGCUGGCCGAAAGUUUAAUUGACAGGGCUUUGUAAUUAACACGUAUUGCUGCUUGUAUGGGCUUGGCAUGAUUCGAUUCGUUUGGGGCUAUUUGAGGCAUUUCACUAUGUUGUGCUGAGACGCCAGACACGAUUUAGACGCACACUAACUUCCCGCCAUUUUAUUUGUGGCAUUUAUUUCUGUCUGAACGUGGCCUGGUUGGUGAACGAUGCCUUUAACAUUCAAGGUUGAAUAUGUUUUUAUUGGUUUGGUGCAUUAACAAAGGCUUAACCUCUUUUUUAUUUAUUUUUGUUUGUGCAAGAAACUUCUGUUUGAACAUGAGUUUCGCUCGAGGCCCAGCAAAGUUUCGCAGAACAGUUCCAAACGUGAAAAACAAAUCAAACUUUCCUUUCUUUAUACUUAAAAUCAGUUCCACAUUUGCAGUUGUAUGUGUAUGUUAGCUUCACUUCCCCAUUAUAUCUAUAUAUAUAUAUGAUGUGUAUUAUAGCAUCGGGCAGUGUUGUCUGGUCCUGUUUCUGAUAGCUUCGGCAGACUGCACGAACUCUUGGGUCUUCUCUCGUGUCUGGCUCUGUCAAAGUGCAAAUACCACCCUUGCCCAUUCCAUGGUACAGAACUACGCGUGUUUGUAGUCUCUGUCCAAGCCAACGUUUUCUCGUUUUUGUCCAGAACAUAUCUAGCGACUUUGGUGUACUCAUUCUCGGGUGGAGGUCAGUCUUGUGCAACAAUCCAGCAGAGUGGCUGUCAUUGUGGACAUAAAAACACUAGUCUCAGAUCCACAGGUGAAGCCGCUUUGCGAAGCUACUUUGCUGGUGGAGCGUACUGAAAAGUCUGGACCGUGCAGCUUCGUGUAGUACAAGCAUACAUAUCUCUCAAUUCAUGAAGUGCCACGCAGGUAGUAACCAUGUGAAUGGCACUCACAUUUCAUCUUUUUUUCCCCGGGCCACAUCUUUCAGUUUUUUUUUUCCUCAGGCAUCCUUCCAGACGGCCAUUUCAGACUAACAUUGACAUAAUUACCGUUAUUGAUGGUUGCAAGCUGCGGGGAGAUGCAUGCACUGGGUUUUGCGGAAGAGGGGAGCAACUUGCGUUUUGAAUUAAAUUGACAGCGUUGCUUCGGGGAAAAUGUUGAACUGCUACGGGGGCUUCUAGUUUGGCAAGUUACCCUUAUGUCUGUGCAAUGUGCAUUCGGUGGAAGGGGGGGGACAACGACGAAAGCAAGGUAAAAAUCCAACGUGUGCAUAGUCUUAAGUGUUGCAUGUAACGCGCGUGUGGAAACCGAGAAGGUUGGGAUCUCGACCAACACCAUGAGGCAACAGUUCCCUCCCCCGUAGCCUCGUGCCUUAACUAACACGACGCAGCAUCCUCGUCUCCUUGUCGAAAGAAUUCUAUCCACACACAAGGCCCGCACGCUCUCCCUUCUCACUCUUUUUUUUUUCUUUCUGUUGCUCGUUUAGCGGUGUUUUGGAGUUCUCUACCCAAGUCCUGCAGAAGCAUGUUCAACAUGUUUUGAAUCCUCGCGCCUUUUUUUUGUUGCCUUAUUGAUCAUCGGCGACCCUUGUUUUCCUCUCCAGCUAGUUCGGCUCGCGUUGCCCUUGCGUCGUUUCUUUUGCUUUGGAACGGUCCGAAAAGGUGGUGCUUGAUUUCUGGGGGUAAAUCGGGAAACGAACACUGCAAGCAAUUACUGUCGGCAUAUUUCUUGUGUUUGUUUCCGGAUGGCUUCCCGAGAACUGACAAAGUUCCCGUUUACGAGGGCAGGGUUAAGAACCUUUGUUCUGAGAAUGCUCUUGCUGCACCCUAGGCUCUCAACGUUGUUUCGGCGAGCACUUCUGCUGCGUCGUGCGGCUUGGUUCCAAAGUAUAGUGCCAUAUGACCCGGUCAAUGCGUGGCGGGCACAGAGAUGCAGCGAUGCGAGCACGCAUUCCUUCCCCGGCUGUGAUUGGGCACUCCGUGAAAGGCCUCCAUUGCUCAAGGCAUAAUGCAAGCUGGUUGCGCUUUUGGUGCUUUGUCGACAAUAUGCACAAUUGCUCAGAAAAAGAAUCUAAUGGUAUGCACUGUUUUCUCCUUUCUUUUUUUUUUUUGCGUUUUUUUUUUUUUAGUAUAAUGGGGUCUGUUAUUGAUCUUUUUUCGAAUUCUUUGGUCAGUGUUGGUGGUGGCUGAAAAUCUGUUGCUGUUCUGUUUUGAAUUUGUAUUUAGUUUAGUUGGAAGCCUUUGUUUUCCCUCUUCUCCUCGUUGCCUUUCUUUUUCAUUAGUGUAAUACUCACGGUAUAUGCCUUAGACGAAAGAGAGACUAUUUCGGCAAUGCCGCGCGUCGGCUUGGAGAGCUCGGUGAUUCUCAAUGGUGGCCUUAGCCAGGGCUUAGCACAUAUAUACUGGAUUGGCUGGACAAUUUGCGACUUUUGAGAGGUUAUUUUGACGAGGCUCUUUUGUACAAAGGGAAGACUGGAAAGUCUUCGGGCACAAUACUUAACUUUUCUUUCCCUCUUGCUAAGUUGGUCAGCGCUGCAUUGCGUGUACCAGGAGCCUCCGGCCAAUGCUCGAAAGACCCAACUGUAAAAAAGCGAGGCCAGGGGCAGUUUAAACGAAACGAGGUGUUAGAUUUUAUGGUUCUUUGCAGCGUAUCAUCGUAAGUUUUGGGGCUCUCGCCUGUGGUGGAUCUGUAGGUGUUGUGUAUUGCACUGAGAUUAUACAUUUGCAGUGAUCAAAUAUGCAUUUUUUGGCGGGAGGUUGGUUUAGGGUCAACAAGGAGUGUGUGCUGCGAUCAAGGAGUGCCAUGCCAGUUUGUGUUGUACUUACUGUGCACCAGCGGUUUUCAAACUUUUUUUUUUUUUUCAGUGAAUUACUCUUUGCAGAAGCUUUCGACGUCUCAAACGCCUAUAGCCCCGAGUAGGUUUCGUGUGUCAUACUUGGAUCUCUGAGUUAAAUCAUACAGGAAAUACUUUGUUGGACAGCUUUACGUGCAGUCAGGAAAACUGUCUUCGGGAAGCGAUCGAACCCGUUGUCAUUUAGUCUGAUUAACAGACUCUCCUCUCAAGUAUAAAUCAUGCAUUCUGGAAAAUCUCAGAUUGAUUGCCAUUAGAAAACGCAAUUAAGAGUACACCUCGUUGAAUGCCCGACACCACUGGGAUAGGGGCACUACAAUUUGAGAACCGCUGCUGUAUAGCGACACUUUCCAUUGCUGUACGGAACAACCCACGAAUUCUUGUUCUGGCAAAGUCUACGAGCCCUCGUUGUGCAAGUACAGCGGUCGAAGCUUUGAAUUGUAUGGAGCAUACUUGGUCCGGUCGGAACAAGGGCGAUGCUUGCAAUGGCCCUUGAGGCCAUUGCCACGAGAAUGUGUGUGUUUGUAGAACGUCUUGUGGCCUCCCUUUGCACAGGAAGUAACGGUGGAGGGCAGUGCUUGGUCGCCUCCGCAGUUCUUGCUGAAUUGGCAUGGAUGUACCUACCCCAUGCCAAUUCCGGAAAACAAUAAAAAAAUAGGGUGGUAGCAUUUGCAUUGCCUUCGCUGUUGCAAUGGUAAAGGGGAACCGGAGACAUCGCAUUGCACACGCAUACUUAUUCUUCGGACACUGCUUCUAAAAAAGGCAGCUAGUCAUUGCACUUGUUCCCACCGGUAACUGCUGGCCCAUUAUCAUUCAGAUUUUUGAUGAGUGCACGACUGCUGAAAUCAUAAAUUUUUAUGCGUUUGUGUGUGAUGCAUUCAAAGUGCUCAAUAUUUAUGUGUACCAAAAAAAAAAAAUUUAGGCUUAUUGAUUGUGCAGAAGGUUAGAGUGGCGGGUACCUGACAGGCAUUUUAUCUUCACUUUUUUUGGUGGCUACGAAUGUACAAGACAAUCUAGUUACUUCACUGCGCAUUGGAAUGGUAUCGGCCAAAUUUACUUCUGAAUUGGUAUCCUGUUUAAAGUGCAUUAGUUUGCAGAGUUGAUGUUAUCAAUCUACAUGCCGACCCUUCUGCUCUUGUUGGAGUAGGCAUGGUACCUCUAGCGUUGGCAACGAGAAGGUUCUAAAAGUGUUGUCACAGGGUAGGUUCUGACAUCGAUACUGAAACGAAGCAGAGCCUGACAUUCCGCGUCCAUGAAUUGUUCACUUUAUCUAAACAUGCUCUUGCUGGGGGAAACCAUGUGCUAAAGGACCCCGCACUCAAACCGGGCAAAGUGCUUCAAAGUGGGGGGGGAUCUGCGAAUGAUGGUAGCAUCAUUUAUGUCCAGCAGCGUGCCUUGAAGCAUCACCACGGUUAGAUUGCCUAAGGCAUCAUUGCUCGAUUUUGGACGAACUAAUACCGUCAACAAUAUUUUACUCUGCGACUUCCCUGUAAAAGCUUGUUUCUGCUUCUCUUGCUCCUAAAGUUCGGUUACGGUUAUCCCAUGGUUCUGUCCGCCGUCGUCCAGACUUGGUUCAGCCCGUUGCUUCCCUUUUUCAUCUAGUCUGAGCAUCGCCCAUUGAGAAAAUUUGCUCAUCAGCUUUUCUCGGCGUCAAACAUACCAAACAUGGUGUCAAGCACAACUGCCUGUGUGUGUUGGUGUUUUUUUUUUUUUUUUUGUCGUUUGUUUUUUGCACACACUUGAUCACCGGUAUCGAAAUGUUCCGUGGCACUCGUUGCAUCUAUAUACAUAUGUACUAGUCUAUGAAGUGCGUAUAUUGAAUUCCCAAAUGUAUACUGGCCGUGCGUCGUUUGAACUCCACUACUGCACCCGUCUGUUGUACAGUGGCCUGCCAUUUUAGCGCCCGGGUCUGGAAGGGCGUCCCGGUUUUUUUUUUCCGUUUUGGUAACCGCUAGUGAAAACGCUGCUUCUGCAAAGUGUCUGUACGUAGGUGCCUAUACACCCCUCUCCCGCUCUCGACUACUCACCUUUUUAAUGACACCGGCCUGAUCUGAAAACGACAUCGCAUAGCGUAGCACUCGGGACGUACCUAGUGCCUUUGGGGCACGCAUUGACAAGCCAUCCGUUUGCGACGGGCACAAGGGUCGAUGCCGGCCAGAGGGCCUUAGCCGUUCCGUGUCGCUCAGAGUCUGCUGGUGCCAGUCUCGGUGCGGUGGAUAACCCUUUUUGCAAUAACGGCAUGGUGGGGUGCCAAAAAGAAGAAAAAAAGAAAAGAAAGAAGCAGGGGGAAGAGGUAAACAGACGUUGUUCACCGUUUACGUUGUGAUAAACUGUCUGGUCUUGCAAUGGAUUGUGAUCGAAGCACGCUUGGCCUAGUUUUUCUCAAGGCGUGUGGGGCUCUCUCGGACAAACGCUGUUUCGUGUGCAUUUGGAUGACUGCGGCAAGGGAAGUUUGUCAGGGUCUUUGAUCCGACGGAAUUCCUCCACGUGCAUUUUUAUUUUUCUUGGUAUAGAUGAGCUUGCACGAAGGGGGGCACAAUAAAGAGUUGGAUUUUUUUGGGGUGAAGCUGAUUUCCAACAGUGAAUUUGGGUUAAACUGAAUUUUCUUCCCGAAUUCAGGAAUCUGGUAUGGGCAGUGUCUAGAGUUUGAGGCUGUAUUUGUAUGUGUAGGGAAGGUGAAAAAUGCUAAAAAUAGCUCUGCCAUAGUGCAGACGACUGUAGUAGAACAGAAGCUGGUAAUAUUAUUUUGUUCAUCAUACAAACAAACUUUUUGUAGUAAGCAUUUCUGUUGCCACCAGUUUUUUGUAAGUAAAAAAUCAAAAUGGAUUGUUAUAAACUCUAAUUCCCCCCCCCCCCCCCCCCCCCAAAAAAAAAAAGGAAAAAAAAUGAACCCCUGUUCUUUCCAUUUAAGGAACAUAUAGAACCCCAAAAACGUCCAACCCUUCACAUAUCGUAACAUUCAUGGUACAUAUUUAAUUGUUUUUAUUAUCAUUCUUUAAUAUAGCUCAUUUAAAUUUUAAGUCUUGAUAGAAAAAGAAAAAGAUAUCAGUGUGCAUUUAGAGCACUCACAUGGAUUCGUGUGCACACCAAGCACCUGUUGACUGAGAGAGUCCCAUCUGUUCCUCCAAGUGCCAUGCCUGGGCAUGCCUCGUGCACUGUUGAGUUUAAAAAGUCUUUCUAAUGGUGGCAAGGCAGCCCAGCUAAUGCUGUGUGCAAUCAAUGGGCCUUGCAGCUCAGCGAGUCUGCUACAAGUAAUUUUUUUUUCCUCCAGGGCUUUGCAUCUUUCUUGCUUACCUCCCAGCGUGUUUUGUAACCCGUAGUGUGCUCAAAGAAAAUGAGCAUCGUAAUAUUGUUGCACAUAAGUGUUGAGGAAGUGCACCCUUUUCUUUUUUUCUUGUUUGGCCUUUGCUAUAUUUUGAUGUUGCAAUAUCAAAUAGUGUCACCUUGAACCACAUUUUUUUUUUUUUUUUUCGAGUUGCGCUUUGUAGUGAUUUUAAAGUUGGCUGCUUUUGUUUCUUUUUUUUAUUCCACACAAAUUUGCAUGAUUGUUUCCUUGUGUGUCUGUAAUGCGUGUGUAUAAUGUACAACACGGUGUUGUUUCCAGUAACGGUGUCUUUGGGUGCAGCGUCGAAGCAAAGUGCCCCCCAAGAAAGUGCCAUUUUUAAAAGAACGCCGCCACGCAAAGAUACUUUUUUUUUUUGCUGAAGGCAGAUCUUUUUCCCUCGCGUUGGGAUGGCAUCGGACUGUGGCGUUUCGGUCAGUGCUCUCAGCAAAAUGCAGGGUUGAUGCCCGCGGCUGUAAGCUUUUCAGUCACAAGUUUGGUAGCAGCGUGACGUUGGCGUAAUAUCCGAGUAAGCGAAGUCAAUUUUACAGCUAACCCUCGAGGGGAACGAUUUCAGCCAACAGCAGCAUCCCGAAGUUUAGUCAAACGUAUCACCAGAGCGGAACCGGGAGAUUUCAUUGCCGUUUCCUCGCACAGCUGGUCUCGAGUCGUUGCCUUUUUGUUGUACCUUCCUUUUCGAGUGUGUAAUAAUACUAUUUAAAAUUGAUAUGUGAUUCAUUUAUGAAGAGUUUUGCUCAUGACUUGUAAACAUGACAUAGUAGUUUUGUUUUGCUCUAUCAAAGAUGUUUUUUCCCCCUUGGUGAAUGUUAUGGUUGUAAUUGCCGUCGAGAGCAUCUCACUUUCGUCAAAGUUCAUGGGGGUAGUGUGUGUGCGUGCGUGGGCGGUCGCUCACGUGACACGGCAACAUUUUGUGCGUGGGUUUCGUGAAGUAACAUUCAAAGUUUGUGCAAAGGGAUCUUUUUUUUGUGUGAUCAACCGAGGGAUACGGUGCUGUGGUGAGACUUGCAGUGGGAGUAUAAUUGUAGCUUUCGGCACCUAGCAUGUUUCAGGUACAUUCCUUGAUUGUGACAUAUUUUGACAUGAUUAGAAAGCUUGCACUAUUUUUUGUUUUGUAGUGUUUGCUCCCAGCCAUCUUAGCAGGGGUCCAAAGGUCUCAGUGUGCUUUGCUUUAGGGAUACCCAUCUGUAAAAAAGAAGGAUGAGAAUUUGGGACUUUUGAUUUGAGUAGUGCUCGUGCUGUUCGUGCAGGGUUAUUCUAGUGACCUUUUAACAAACUGUGAUAAAGUGCGAAACAUUGUUUUACUAGACCUAACCAAAUAUAUCUGAAGAUGUCUAAAUUUACCUACUCCGGUUAUGCAGCAUUUCAGAGUAGCCUAUUGUACCUUCAAACACAUCUGCAUUUACGAAUAAAAACAAGAAAUGCAA